ACAUUAGAGAAGCAAGUGUUUGCUCUCUGGUGGCAGAAGAUGUCUGAGCAUCGAGAAAACCGUUUGGCAGAGAGAAUGGCCAUCCUUCAGGCAGAGCAGCAGCUUCUGCGCAGGGCCUGGUCCAUGUGGCACCGACAGGCAGCGGCACAUCGCCAGGAGCGGGAGCGGCAGGCAGCAGCCCGUGCCCACUACCAGCAGGGGCAGCUCAGGAAGGCUUUCUGGGUCUGGAGGGAGAGAGCCCGAGGGCUCAGGACAGAGAGGAUGGGCAGGGUACGUGCCACACAGUUGCACUCGGCGCGACUCCUGCAUUGGGCCUGGAGCAAGUGGAAGGAGGUAAGGUGCCACCCAAGCGUGGCUUGUGAUAGGUGGAGCUGUGCUGUUGCCAUGACUCGGAGUAUGACAGAUGGGCUCCUUGGCAGUAUGGUGACUCGGAGCCACCUGCCUCGGGAGAGAGGGCAGCAGAUGAGGAUGUGUCCCCUCCCCAUUGGGAGAUGA